AGGGCAGGGCGGGAAGCAAAAAGGGCGCGAAGGCGCCGGCGCCAUUUUGGUUGAGGGCAUGACUUGACGGGCGGGGAAUUAAAUCGGAAUUAAAGCCGUAAAAUGAGGGGAAAAACGGGAAUUUCGGUUAAAUUUAAAGGCGGGAAUUAAAGUAAUUUAAAUUACGAAUCGGCGGAGAAGGCUUCGGGAAAAAAACCCGGGGUUUUGGGGAGGAAAAAAAAAGGGUUUUGGGGGGGGAUUUUGUGAGGGGUUUUGGGGGGGAAAUUUCGCAGCUUUGGAGCACUUUGAGGAAAAGCCUGAGGAGAUUUGAGGUAAAAAAAAAAUUCUGGGGGGGAUUUGAGGGAGAAAAAUGAGAUUUGGGGGGUUUGUGAGGGGAUUUGGGGUAAAAAUGAUUUUUUUUUUUUUAGUGGGAUUUCGAGGAGAUUUGAGGAUCGGGCUGGGCGUGGCCGAGGCGCUGGGCGUGGCCGGGGCUCAGGUGCUGCUCAGCUCCCGCCACGCCCACAACGUCCAGAGAGCCGUGGAGCAGCUCAGGGGGCGGGGCCUGCAGGUGAGCGGCGUCACCUGUCACGUGGGACGGGCCGAGGACCGCGAGAGGAUGGUGCAGGCGGCCCUGGACACGUUCGGCGCCAUCGACAUCCUGGUCUCCAACGCCGCCGUCAAUCCUCACCUGGGCCCCGCCCUCGAGGCCGACGAGCGCAUCUGGGAGAAGGUGUUCCAGGUGAACGUGACGGCGGCGGCCAUGUUGGUGCGGCUGGUGGUGCCGCACAUGGAGAGGCGCGGCUGUGGGAGGACGAGGCCACGCGGGAACGAGCACUGGCAGCACUGGGAGCCGAGCGGCUGGGCUCCCCGCAGGACGUGGCGCAGGCCGUGCUGUUCCUCGUGUCCCCCCAGGCCGCCUUCGUGGCCGGGCAGACCCUGCUGGUGGCCGGGGGGGCGCGGCCCCGCCUCUGACCACGCCCACCCCGUCAGCAUGCAGAUUUAUGCAAAUCAGGCGCAAAAUAAAAUCGGUCUUGUCAGUGCGAAUUGGGUUGGGGCGUUACUGGUUUAUACUGGGAGGGGCUGGGAGGGGAGUGGGAGGGGCACUGGAGGGGGUCUGACCACGCCCACACCGCUAAGACGCAGAUUUAUGCAAAUUAGAUGCAAAAUAACAUAGAAUCUGUCAAUGUUAUUUGGGAUUG